AAGGGGUCACCAAACUAGAUUACGCAGCCCGGGCAGUCAAGGGCCCCCUGGUAGUCAAGGGCCACUGGGCACUGGCCCCUGGCCCCAUCGGCCCAGUCGGUGACUUAAAUGAAAGUCAAAAGCUGAGUUUCAUCCAGACUGAAGCAAAAGCUAGAAAUUUCGGCAAGCAGAGAAUUUGUUAAGCAGGGUUGUUGUCACAUAAUUACUAUAUUUGAGGAUUUGUUAAUAGUUACUUCAUGGGUAAUUUUUCAGUUUCUACUGUUUAUCAUUCAUAUGUAGACAUUUUGUGCUGAGCACAGUGUGUCUUGGGCUCAUAUGUGUUUUAUUGGUGAUUGGCAUCGUCGUGCAACAAACUCACGGCAGAGAGAGACCUGUUGAAGCGGAGUUGUACAUACAUAAUUCGAGUAAAACCAAACUAUAAACAGGUUGCAGGUCAGUUACAGUGAUUACAGUACUGAAAAAGAGCAAUUACAGUGGAUAUAAAAAGUUGACACACCCUUAUGAAUUUGCAAGUUUUUAAAUGUAAAGACAGAAAUAGCAACAAUGUAAAAGUGAUCUACCAACAAACUUUGUGGAAGCACCUUUCACAUUUAUUACAGCAGCAAGUCUCUGUUAACUUUGCAUGUCUAGAACACUCUUCUUUGCAAAAAAAGUUCCUUCAACUUGCAAGGGGAUCUCCUGUGUGCAGCUCUCUUUAGGUCAUUCCACAGGUUUCAAUGAGAUUAAGGUCUGGGCUCUGACUGGCCCAUUAAAAGACUUUGCUUUACCUCAACUUGAAUGUGUGCUUUGGGUCAUUGUCAUGUUGGAAUGUGAAAUCCUCUUCAUCUCAGCUUUCAGACAGAGGCCAGCAGGUUUUGUGCCACAAAUAUCUUGAUAUUUGGAGCUAUUCAUUAUCCCAUCUAUACAGAGCAGCUUCAACUCUUUGGUUCAGAGGAAACUGGAGUUGGAGACUGAACUAAAAAAAUUAUUCUCAAAAAGUUUUGUAUAAAUUAAAUUACUGCACAUAGUUUCACUUUCCUUUUUUAUUUCAUUACAAAAGGUUUUGAAUUGGUGACUUGGACCAAAUAAUAAAGAAAAGCAGCCAAUAAGUGCCCAAUAUAGAUGGGAACUCCUUUAAUACUUUUUAAAACGCAUCCCAGAGAAGUUGCUUGCGAAAAUGACAAGAGUACAUGUCUGCAAAGGGGGAUUACUUUGACGAUGCCAAAAUAUAACACAGUUUUGAAUUAUUUUGGAUUUUUAGUCAUAAUUAACAUAAUUACAUUUCUAUUAUUCCAUAGUUGUGAUGACUUUAUUAUUAUUAUAAAAUGUGAAAAAACAAUUAUAAUAAAGAAUGAGUAAGUGACCCCAAACUUUUGAAUGGCAGUGUAGUUUCGGCCGGAUUGAAGCCAGAGUAAAUAGAACUUUACUUUUAAAGCACUUUUACUUUCCUCUCUUUCUUAAUUUCCUUUUUUUGAAUGAAUAAAUGCAACAAUGACUGACAUUGUAUCACAAGAAUAGCUGCUCUGUCAGCAAACAGUACUGGAGUAUUGUUUAAAAUAAAGGUCAAGUGUGUGAGAGCCCAAAUACUAGGACGAGUCAGCCAGUAAGUAAUGUGUAUUUUCUUUGAACAGAAAUUAAGUUAAAUUAUUGAAAUCCUAAACACUGCCCCCAGUGGCCAAAGUGGUAAGUGUUGUUGGGCGUAUGGGCACAGGUGAGCUAUAUUUCCCCGCCAAAAGCUAGUUGUGAAUCGAUUUGUUUUCAGCUGUACAGGAUCCAAUACAGUGAAGAGAAAUGCAUGUUUUAUAAACUGUACCCCCCCCCCCCCCCCCAACCCAAAUCUCAAACCUAAACCUAACCAUCAGCGGAGUAAAAAUGUAAUGUUAGAGGGGAAAAUGCAACCUCCGAAUCGUGCUCAUCACUAAAUAUGCGAAUGUGAUUACUAACUGGAUUCAACUGGAACCCGGGUCUCCUACAUUGCCAACGCAAUGUGCUUAAUGUGCCCUCACAGGGGAAGGUAAACACGCUGGAAUCCAUGCAAAAAUGUCUGAUGUCUGCAUAAUGUGUCCGAUCCUACGGUACUGGAACGCUCGGAAACAACAUGCUGACUUCCCGUUUGAUCAUAUUGUGCCCGGUUCUCAAAACAGUCCCAACCCCAUCAUCCUUGUUUUUGCAUGGAUUAUAAAAAAUGCCAUACUGCUUGAGAAAGACAUUAUUUACAUUUACAUUUAUGCAUUUGGCAGAUGCUUUUAUCCAAAGCGACUUACAGUUCACUUAUUACAGGGACAAUCCCCCCGGAGCAACCUGGAGUUAAGUGCCUUACUCAAGGACACAAUGGUGGUGACUGUGGGGAUCGAACCAGCAACCUUCUGAGUACCAAUGUAUUAUACAGAGCACUUAUUACAGGGACAAUCCCCCCGAAGCAACCUGGAGUUAAGUGCCUUGCUCAAGGGCCCAACAGUGGCAUCUUGGUGGUGCUGAGGCUUGAACCCCCAACCUUCUGGUCAGUAACCCUGAGCCUCAACCACUGAGCCACCACUGCCACAUUAUAUUACUUUCACUACAAGCCCAUUAAAUUAGUUCCUCAAAAAAGUCAUGUGAUGAAAAAGUCUUGUGACUUUCAAAAAAUUCCACAUUUAUGAAAGUAUCUGAUCCACCGUUAUGAAAUUAACGAAAGUAGCAGAAUAGUCUUUUGAUAGAGGGAAGACAGCAGUUCAACCUUAAAUCACAGCACACAUCAGCAAGAGGUUCAUUGCCUCUUGUUGGUCCUCUGUUGACACUGACGGCAUGAUGGAACCGGAGGACAUUUAUCAAAAUGCUGAAGUCAUAAACUGCAUCAAGGCCAGUGAGAGAGACCCGAAAACAGAAGAUCUGCACGCGAAUGAGGACACUAUUGGAACUCGAAAUUCAAAAUUCUCUUUCAUCCAGACUCAAGCAAAAGCUCAAAAUCACGCAGGAAGUGGACGUUUUGUGCUGAGCACUGUGUGUCUUGGGGUCAUUUGUGUUUUAUUGGUGGUCGGCAUCAUCGUGCAACAUAACAAACUCAUGGAAGAGCGAGACCUGUUGAAUCUGAGUUACACAAACAUUGUUAAUGAGUACAACCAAACUAUAAACAGGUUGCAGGUCAAUUACAGUGAACAGAAUCUGGCAAACGUUCAGUUACAGAGCAGAUUCAACUCUUUGAAUAAGAAGAAACUGCAGCUGGAGACUGAACUAAAGAAGAAGAACUCUCAAAAGGGCUGGUAUUUCAUAUCCAGUGAGGAGAAGAGCUGGUCAGACAGCAGACAGUUCUGCAGGGAUCAUGGUGGAGAUCUGCUCAUUAUCAACAGUGAAGAGGAACAGAAGCUCAUAUCUUCCUUCAAUCAGAAUGUGUGGAUUGGCUUGUCAGACAUCAAGAAAGAGGGUGACAUGAAAUGGGUGAAUAAUUCACCGCUGAAUGGAGGGUUUUGGAAAGAAAAUGAACCGAAUAACUUGGGUGGAAAUGAGGACUGUGUUGUUCUGGAUCCAGCAUUACCGGUUCUGACGAACUGGAAUGAUCUUCUGUGCACACAUAAGAAAAAAUGGAUUUGUGAGAAUUAGCCGUCAUAGUGAAAACUUUCUGUUCCGUUAUUUGAGAAGGUGACACUGGAAAAAAAAUUCCCUUUUUUCAUAUUAGGCUUGGUCAUUUUAUUUUUUGUCUUCAGUCAUUUCCAAAAUUAUGGAGAAUUUUUUUAUUGUAUUUGGUUCAAAUGCAAAUAAAUAUGAAUUUGUUGAACAAUAUUAAUGCAUGAAUUCACUACAUCAUGUUACAACUAAAUAUAGUCAUUUAGCAGAUGCUUUUCUCCAAAAUGCAGUCAGUAAAUACCAAU